CAGCAUUCGGCCAAGAUGGCUCCAACGGUACUACUGAACCUGCUAUUGGCAGGAUUACUUCAGCUGUCAGUCGCGCAGUACUACUCGUGCGGCUGCGCCCCCGCCCCCGCCCCUCCCCUCUACGCCCCCUGCGGCUGCGCGCCGCCGCCAUGCCCCUGCGCUCCUCCGCCAUGCGCGUGCCAACCGCCAGCACCAGCCCCGAUCAUGAUUUCCACCCCUCCGCCGCCACCAAUGUGCAUCACUCCCCCCGCGCCUCCUCCGAUCACCAUCGAGAUGCCCUGCCUUCCUCCGAUAACUGUCACUCCUCCACCCCUGCCUCCUCUAACCAUCACUCCCCCUCCUCCGCCGCCAGUCACGGUGACCCCUCCCUGCCCGCCCCCGCUCUUCCUGAACCCGACCCCGCUGCCGCCCUUGACGGUGAACCCGCCGGCGCCGCCGCUGAUGUAUAUCGAGCCGCCGCCGCUCCCGCCUAUGUUGGUGGAGAUCCCUCUGCCGCCGCCGAUCAUGAUUGAGCUGCCGGCGCCGCCCCCGAUCAUGAUUCAGCCGCCCGCGAUCCCGCCCGUGAUGGUGCAGCCGCCGCCGCUGCCGCCGGUGCCCGUGCAACCGCCGUGCCCGCCGCCGGUCACGGUGCAGCCGCCGCCGCUGCCGGGCAUGUGCCUGCAGCUGCCGCCUCCCGAGCCCCUGACGGUGCAGCCGCCGGCGCUGCCGCCGAUGUGCGUGAACUUGCCGCAGCUCCCGCCGAUGACCGUGCAGCCGCCGCCGCUGCCGCCCGUGACGGUGCAGCCGCCCGCGCCGGAGCCCAUCUGCUUCCAAGUGCCGCCGCCGCCGCCGUUCUGCUUCCAGCCGCCGCCGCCCGCGCCGAUCUGCGUGCAGCCGCCGGCGCCGGCGCCGAUCUGCUUCCAGCCGCCGACGUCGCCGCCGGUGUGCAUCGUGCCGGAGGCCGCGCCGCCGUGCGGCUGUGGCUGCCUCCCGCCGUGCGGCUGCGGCUGCCUGCCGCCGCUGUACGACCCUUGCCCGUGCCAGUACGGCUACGGCUCCCCAUUCUACUUAUAAAUCUCCCGAUUUCGGAAGAUUUUUCGAAGUAGAAGCCACAAUUUAGCUUUAUGUUACUUUAGCCUACUUAUUUGUACAAAUAAGAAAUAUUUACUCUAAAUAAAACUUUUUUAUAAAAAAAUAAA